CAGCUGGGCCUGAACCCGCUCGGGGAAGCCAGUGUGGGGCCGACUGUUUUUUAGGCAAAAGCAAAAGGCGGGCGUCAGGCUGCCUCCCCAGGCUCUCCUUACUUGCAAUUCCUUCCGCUUGGCUGAAUUGGGAGUCGCGAUCUCCAGCACAGGAUGUGCCACAGUUUGUCCUACCUGCAAAGCAGGAUCCAGGACCUGCUGAGGGGAAGAGUCAUUCAUUGGGCCCUUCAACAGCCCAACUUCAAAAGCUUACUUCCAUUAACCAUCCAUUGACACCACACAGACUCCAAGUCUCUGAAUUGUGCUUGACAACAACAUGGAGAUGAUUUUGCCUGUACCUGGACCAAUGAGGGGCCAGACAGGGGUCGCUAGAAUACAGAGCAGGAGCCUCUGUACUGGCCAUCUUGAGCGGUUGAAACCAACUGGCACCUUCCUGCUCCUGACCGCACUGAACCGCACCGCAGCACGCCACAGCACACUGCAGAUCUAGGCGGGUCAGAGACAGUGCACCCCAGCGCCCAUCAUGUCUGGGCAAAGGAGCCGUGGGGGGUCUUCCGAUCACCAGAGGCGGACCCGCAACCGCAGCCGCACCACCAGAGCAGACUUGACCUUCUCUGUGAGCCACCUGGAGCGCCUCCUGCUGGACGGCCACUACACCCAGCGUCUCAGCCCCAACGCCCCCGUGUACCUGGCGGCCAUCAUCCAGUACCUGACGGCCACCGUCCUGGAGCUGGCGGGCAACGAGGCCCAGAAAAUCGGCUGCAGGCGCAUCACCCCAGAGCUGCUGGACAUGGCGAUCCACAACAACGCACUGCUCAGCGGCUUCUUCGAGAACACCACCAUAUCCCUGGCUGCCCCGGGCAGGCAGUAGCUUCCCGACAUGGCCCGGGGUCCCGGGCCCCCACCCCUCCCAGCCCAGGCGGCCUGGCGCCUUGGGCAAAGUUAUUGAAAAUAAAGUGUUGA